UGCGCAUCUCGCCUUAGAAUCUCGUUAUAAGAGACGUGUUUCAAAGAUUAUACAGCGCCGUUAAUACUUUCUAAGGGGUUUUAUACAUAGUAUAGUUGAACAUCCUUAAUAGUUGCUCAAUACACAGCACAUAGUGGCAUUUUUAACGUCAGACGGCUUUGCAGCUAACCACGCAACUGGAAAACAGUUGGUUGUGACUUAGUAGAUGUUUAAAAUGGACAGCGAAUUUCAGAGGGACGGAAGAGUCCUUGACCUCACAGAUGAUGCCUGGAGAGAGGACCGUCUCCCAUAUGAAGAUGUUACCAUCCCAUUGAGCGAACUCCCUGAAGCGGAGCAAGAAAACGGCGGGUCGACGGAGUCUGUAAAAGAGCAAGAAAUGAAAUGGUCCGAUCUAGCACUGCAAAGUCUGCACGAGAACACUCCAAACACCGGGACGUGACAGACCACCACCUAACGGACAUACACAACAGCUGCCGCCGUCAUGACUGAGUCUUUGUUUCCAAAUGUCACUGUAACUCAUUGGUUAGACAAUAUUUCAAAGUUAGGCUGUAUAAAAUAAAAACUAAAACAAUGAUUAAACAUGUAUGAGAAGAGUGGUGGGAAUGCUUCUGUUGAUUUAAGGCAG